AUGGCACAGCCUGGAAACCGCAAGGCGGGUAACCGCCGCCGUUCCAGCGGAGAGCAGGCGGUUAUUGUCGGAGUGCUGCUAACGCUGAUCUUUCUCGUUUACAACGGCCGGUUUCCGUCUAUUUUUCCGUCUCGCAAGAGCACCCAGUACGACAACCUCAGCGCCACGGCGCUGCGCAAAAUCCAGGCGGAGGAUGCGGCGCUCCUCGCGCCGGAAGAACCGGAGAGCGAGGGAGAGAGCCAGGCAGCUUUUGACGCCGACGAGGGGCCUUACUACAUGGAGCCGCGGGUCAAAGACUGGGACGAGCAGCGGAACGCGUACAUCGCGGCGCACCCGGGGUGCAACGCGACGCGCGACGGCAAGCCCAAGGUGAUGCUGGUCUCGGGCUCCAACAGCAAGCGGUGCGGCGAGGGCCCCAACAGCGGCGACUUCUUACUCCUCAAGUUCCUCAAGAACAAGCAGGACUACGCGCGCGUGAACGACAUGCCGUUCUACUACGGCAUGGGCGCCAUUGACCCGCGGCUCAAGACGUUCUGGGUGAAGCUGCCCAUGCUGCGCAUGCUCAUGCUGCAACACCCGGAUGUGGAGUGGUUCCUCUGGGUCGACUCCGACGCCAUGAUCACCGACAUGGCGUUCCGGUACCCCAUCGAGAGGCAGGCGGACAAGGUGCUCGUGAUGUCUGGGCUGGACGCUGACGUGUACGGCAAGAAGGACUGGGUGGCCCUCAACACGGGAAGCUUCCUCAUCCGCAACUCCCAGGACGGGCUGGACCUGCUGGACGACUGGGGGCAGUACGGGCGGUCGGAGAAGGUCACGGUCAAGUGGGGCGAGAUCGCCAGCCGUGUGCUCCAGAAACGCAAGAACUGGCCAGCGGACGACCAAACGGCGCUGGUGCUGAUGCUGACGGGUGAGGGCGAGAGCGAGGAGGACAAGGCCAAGGGGCUCAAGCCGCUGGCGGACCGCUGGGCUCCGAAAACGCACCUGGACCCCACGUACACUCUGCACGGCUUUUGGGGAAUCUUCGUAGACAAGCUGGAGCAGAUAGCAGCCAAGUACCACAACGGAGUGGGCGACUGGGAGUGGCCCUUCACGGUGCACUUCACGGGGUGCAAGCUGUGCGACCGCAAGUUCUCCGACUAUGACCCCGACACCUGUGACCGCGGGAUCCACCGGUCGUAUGCCUUUGCGGACAACCAGGUGCUCAAGAGGUAUUCGUCGGACGAGGAAGAGGAGGAGAGGAGAGAAGGAAGGGGGAAAGAGGAGAAGAGGAGGGAGAAGGCGAAGGGAGGAGAGUCGGACCGGCAUGCUUCGAAACAUGCGGAUCGGCGUCGGAGCGAGAAGCGGCGAUCUGUCAGCGACGACGACGAGGACGAAGAAGAGGAGAGGGGGAAGCGACGCGGCGGCGAUCGCGAAGGCGGGAAAAGCGGGAGAGGCGGGAGAGACAGUCGAAGCACAGGCGGGAGGCGGAGGAGGGGGAGCGAGUCCGCGAGUGAAAGCGAUUCGGAAUCGGAGGGGGAGAGGAAGAAGGGGCGGCGGAAAGGGGGCGAGGAGGGGAGUGAGGGACGAGGGGCGAAGGGGGGCGGGCGGAGAGCGCGUGUACGGCGUAGCGGGAGUGACAGUAGCGAGGAUGAGGCGAAGGAGAGGAGACGGAACAGGCAUCGUGACCAGGAGGAGGGGGGGGAGGAUGAGCGAAGAGCGGGGAAAGCGGCGAGGGAGGAGAGAGCAAGAGGGAACGAGUCGAGGACCAAAGCGCGUGGCACAGCUGCUGCUACUUCUCCUGCUGCUGCCGCCACGGGGGCUGCUACCAAGCCACUGCGCGCCAAGCCAGCCCAACCAGCCAAGCAGGCCCAACCAGCGCGCGCGCAGCCACCCCUGGAUGCAGCAGCGCUGGCAGCAGAAGCUGCGCGCGCUGCUGCUGGUUUUGGCCCCUCCGCCCCCGCCUUUUCCGCUGCUCCCCCACCCCUCCCCCACUCCCCAGCCCUCCCGCCGUCGUUCCCCCCUCCCCCGUCCGCCUCCGCCCCUCCCAUCCUCCCCCCUCCUCCGCCCCCCCCGCACUACCCCUUCUCCGCGCCGCCCCCUCCCCCGCUUGGCGGCCCCCCUGUGCGCGCCGGGAAUGGGGCUGCGGCAGAGGGUAGGGUGAUUGCUGACGUGGACAGAUCCGCGUCGGGGGGGAGAGUUCUUGCUGACGUGGAUCCUGAGACGCUACAGGCCAUGGAAGCAACGCAGAAGGCGCUGGAGGCGAAGGAGGGGGAAAAGAAGAAGGUGAGGGGGGGGGAGGAUAAGGUGAGGGGGGGGGAGGAUAAGAUGACCAAGGUGUGGGCACGUGGGGGUGGGGAGAGGGGAGAGUAUGUGAGGGGAGAUUGUUGCAUUGCAGGCAGCACAGCCGCCGUUCGAGCUGUAGGGGAAGCUGGCUGGCUGAAGGGGACGGGGAGGAAGAAUUCGGCUGCGUCCCCCCUCCUUCUCCCCUCCUUCCCCCCUCCUUCCCCCCUCCUUCCCCCCUCCUCCCCCCCUCCUUCCCCCCUCCUUCCCCUCUCCUUUCCCCCUCCUCCCCCUCUUCCCUCCCACGGCAGGCACGGCAUGCAGCGCAGCGAUCGUUUGAGCUGUCAGGCAAACUGGUUGAGAACGAUCUCUGUCUCCCUCUUCCGCUCUCUCUCCCCUCCUCCACUGUUCCUCUGCUUGCUUCCCUCUGCUGCGUCCCCCCUCCUUCCCCCCGUCGCCCCCUUAUUCCCUCCCACGGCAGGCAGUGCAGCCAUCGUUUGA